AGAAGGGCCGCUCCACAGGAGGCUGUUCCGUCUUCCUGGCGGGUCACCGCCCUCCCUUCGCCGCUUCAGGAGGCUGUUCCUCUUUCUUGAGCGCCCUCCCUCCCUUCCCCAAGGAGGCGUGCACUUGUUCCUCGGGAGUCGUCAUCACCGGCGUUCGCACUUGCUGCCAUCCGCAAAGCUGAUUUGAAACCUCUCAUCUGCUGGAAAAUAUUUUACAAAACCCACCUCACAGUAUUCCCAAUGGCAUCCUUGCCUUCCUUUGGGGUCCAGGCAUGACCGUCACCCCCACCAAAGACAAAGCUCAGCCCGGUUCAAGCUCGCACAAGGACGCUACAGCAAGCUUCAGAUCUGAUCCAGCACGGAUGGAUGAGGUGGAAGGCCUGCGGGGGAGGCUCGUCAUUGAGGAUGCCAUUUCCCUGGCCGAGCCUAUCAACCUGGAAGAUGGGCAUUACUCUCUGCUGCGAGGCGGGCUGGAGCGCGACAGCCAGAGCUUGGAGGCGGAGUCUUGGAGCGUGGCGGUCGACCCGGGCUACCUGAGAACUCUGGACCGUGAGGCUGUGAAAAGACAGGAUGUCAUCUACGAGCUGAUCCAGACAGAGAUGCACCACGUGCGCACGUUGAAGAUCCUCUCGCACGUCUACAUGUACGAGCUACGGCAGUCCACGCUGCUGGAGGACGACAAGAUGGGGAUCCUGUUCCCCGGCGUGGACGCCCUGCUGACGCUGCACCAGCACUUUCUCGACUGCCUCAAGCUCCGCCAAAGUCAGAGUCAAGAGGAGGGUAGUCCAAGCAGCUACCAGAUCACAGAGUUGGGCGACAUAUUGCUCUCGCAGUUUUCCGGCUCCGUAGGUGCAAAAAUGAAGGAUUGGUACAGUGUUUUCUGCAGUCGUCACACCGAAGCUGUCACCUUGUACAAGGAGCAGCUACAGAGCAACAAGAAGCUUCAAAGCCUAAUGAAGAAAAUUGGUCAGCUGGCCCUGGUGCGAAGGUUGGGCAUCCUUGAGUGUUUUCUGCUGGUGACGCAGCGUAUCACAAAGUAUCCUGUCCUGGUGGAGCGACUUAUAAAGAGCACUGAAAGCGGCACCAUCGAGCACGAGUCUCUGCUACAAGGCUUGGCGGCCAUCAAGGAGGUCAUCUCUCAGGUGAACGACCACAUCAGAGAAUACGAGAUGGCCUCCCGGCUCAGGGAGAUCUGCUUGCGCCUGGAGCCAAAGUCAGCAGGCCGGCUGAAGGACGAGCGGCUGAUCCGAAGGGAGGAUCUGAUCCAGGGAGACCGGACACUGCUGCACGAAGGCCUGGUCACAUGGAAGUCUUCUGGCAGACACAAAGACAUCCAUGCUGUGCUGCUAUCAGACAUGCUUGUUCUGUUACAAGACAAAGAUCAGAAGUUUGUUUUUGCGAGCGUGGAUAACAAACCAUCAGUAAUUGCCCUUCAAAACCUGAUCCUGAGGGAGGUGGCCCACGAGGACAAGGCCAUGUUCCUCAUUUGCGCGUGUACCUCUACGCCGCAGCAGGUGUACGAAAUGUACGAGCUGCACACCGGUUCUAGGGAGGAACGCGUCGUCUGGAUGGCUCGCAUUCGGGAUGCCAUAAACCGUUGCUCGGAGGAGGAUAAACUCUACCAGGAAGUAAUGAGCAGAUUGCAAGAAUAUCAAGAGCGUUUGAAGGUUAGGGAUGAGCACAUCAAGCAGUGCCUCUCCGAGAAGUUGCACAUCUUCAGCAUCAUGUAUGAAGACCUGACGGGGCAAGAGAGUCCCCCAAGAGGGCUGUUGCUGCGAGGGGACCCCACUGACCUCCAGCAGGGUGAGACGCUGCUCAAAGGAGUCAUCAAUGAAGUGGAAAAUCUUCAAAACCUGCUUUUCCACACAAAAAAAGACUCCAGUAACCUGCCGGGUGGUGAUCAUGUGUUACAGUGGAGGUCACACAAGGGACCCGAGGCCGGGGGUCCAGCAAACAUGAAAAGUCACAUGACCUCCGAAGGAGAAGCGGCCAAGUGGUCCGGCAGCGGCGGUGUUGAGGCCGAAGAUGCUCAGCUACAGGAGACGACGUACUACUUAGAGAGCAAGGAGGAACCUGCCGACGAGGACGCGUGCAUGGCCGCAUUUGCUUCACCCAACAGCAGCUUCCAGGCAGAGGUGUAUGACCGUGUCAUAGGGCUAGCCCAGGGACUGUAUACAUUACAAUUCAUCGUGGCCCAGCAAGACAGUCAGAUCGAGCUCCAGCACGUCCUGCGGUCGCACGGCAGCAGACUGUCGCGGCACUCCGGCAGCGCCUUGCUGGAACAGGAGAGGCAGCGCAACCUGGAGAAGCACAAGGAGGACCUGGCCAACCUGCACAAGCUGCAAGCGCAGCAUCGCGAGGCAGAGCAACGCUGGCAGAAGGAGCGAGAGCGCCAGGGCGCCUACAUGGAGGCACUGGAGGCGGAGUUAAGGCAUCGGGAGGAAGAGUGCGACCGACGUGAAGAGAAGCUGAGAGAGGAGAAGGCACAGCAUGAGAGGCAGUGGGAGAACUACCAGCAGGGUCUGGAGCGCCUCAGGGUGACCACUAAAGCCGUGGAGAGGGAAAAAGAGAGCCUGAAUCAGGAGAAGGAACGUAUCGAGGACAAGUUGAAGAAGUACAUGGAGGCCGUAAAUCCGGGGCACGGCAACUAUGAUGACCCAUACAUCAACCUGUCUAAUUACCAGUCAUUCAGAGGCAGCCUCGCUAAUGGCGGUAACGGCGGCAGUUCGCGUCCGCACAUCCUGCUGGCCAGCGCCCGCGACCCCAACAAGGAGACCCCGCCCAAAGUCCCGCCUCGCAAGGAGAGCAUGAGCAUCCCUCCGGUGGCCAAGUCCGAGCUGCCCGUGCACCUCGUCAGCGCCACUAAUCAGGUACACAAGGCGGCCGGCGUGGUGCAGCAGAUCCCCACCAAGCUGGCCACCCUCUCCAAGGGCAAGGAGAGGGGCUUCCGCAUGAAGGCGACGCACCAGAGGGCCCACAGCGCAGCUUCUAUCGACGUGAGCCAGAUUUUGCCCAUCCGAGUGACGGGGAAGGAAGGAGGGAGUCCCAUGGCCACCUCCCAGUCAGAUGACGGCAACUCAUCGGGACACGCCGGCACCCUGAAAACGUCACAGUCCUGGCACUUCCGAAGCGGCGUGGAUGCCCCGCCCCCGGCCCCGCCCCCUUUUCCGAAAGAAGUGCUGGCGAAACCAACAGAGAAGGUGAUAUUCCUUUAAUUCACACCACUGCAAAACCGAGGAGUGGAAGGACUGAGUCACUCUGAGGUACUAAUCUAAUGUUUUUAUCAAAACAUUUAUGCAUCAGUGGGAAAAAUGCAAUGGGGAGGACAAAAAAAAAAUGAAAAUGCAGGAGCCAUUUUGCACAUACGACAAUUGAAGUUGAAAAUAUGAUGUUCCAUGUUAUUGAUGUUCUUGUAUUGCCAAAGACUUUUUUUUUUUUUUUUUUUUGACAAAUGUAUUUUUUUAGUGAAAUGAGUGACAUUUUAUGACCUUUUUAAUUUAACACCAUGUGGAAUCUACUGUAAAAGAGUUCUGAACAAGCACAGUUUUUAAAUUAAACAACUGCAACUAAAAACAACUGCAAUAUUAAAAUAUUUUGCCUGUUUAUGGUGAAUAUAUAUUUGUUUUUUAUGAUGGUUAAAUGAUACAGUUUUUUGUUAAAUGCAUUUUUAAAAUCAAAAACAUUGAAAAUAUUUUUAUUAUCUGAAAAAAAAUAAAUCACAAAAUCUGAAAAUGCUAUUUUUUCUGUCUAAAUGUUCUUUGUUUCAAAACAAUUGUAUCUUUCCCCAACUUAAAGAAAUGCCGAAAAUAUUAAAAAAAAUGGUUUUGGGGGGGAUUGGAAUCUUUAUUUAUUUAUUUAUUUUUUCCCCAUGUUUUUAUGUGUACCAUAAUUCCUGGCCCCCAGAGUGCACCUAGUUAUAAGCCUCACCCAGUACAUUUGUAAAGGAAAUACUAUUUGGUGCAUACAUAUGCUGCAGCUGUGUAAAAGCCGCAAGUGCCCACAUUGAAACAUGAGAUAUUUACAAAGAAAGUCGGUACACAGAAAAUUUAACGCUCGCGGUGCCGCGCUAACGCUAGUGCUGCUGUGCUAACACGGAAAAAAACCAUACUGGUAAUAAUCACGGCAGUAACACGCUACCACAGCGCUAACAGGACUGGACCGGUAAAAGUUACUUCCUCGGCACAUGUGUUCCACCAUUCUCACGCUCACCUUUUCCGCUUGAGUGCCAGCUUGCGGCCGUUACAAGAAAUGCACAAAUUAGCUGCAUCACCGCAUAAACCGCAGGCUUGAAAGGGUGUGAAAAAAGUCGCGGUUUA